AUGGGAGAAAAUCGAGGAACAGUAGUUGCAGGUGGAAACGGUCAGGGAAAUCGUCUUGAUCAAUUGAAUAAUCCUAGACAUAUAUUCGUCGAUCGAGAUCAGUCAGUAUACGUAUCAGACUGCAGUGACCAUCGUGUGAUGAAGUGGAUGAAAGGAGCGAAACAAGGUAUUGUUGUCGCUGAUGUUCAAGAUAGAGGAAACCGUCUUGGUCAAUUAUCCAAUCCUCGUGGACUUUUUGUGGAUCAGUCCGGUAGUGUCUAUGUAGUUGAUCAGGGCAAUCAUCGAAUAAUGCGUUGGUCUCAAGGAGCUCAGCAGGGAAGCAUUAUCAUUGGUGGAAAUGGCCAAGGAAGCCAAUCGAAUCAGCUCCAUUCUCCAAUUGGCUUAACUUUUGAUAGAGAAGGAAAUAUCUACGUGUGUGAUAAUGGAAAUCAUCGAGUUCAAAAGUUCAACAUUGACCGUCAUUAA